AUGCCCCGCACCGACGAAGCAACCACCUUCUACCACUCCGUCUACAGCGCCAUCCAAGAAAUUCCGUUUGGAAAAGUAACGACAUAUGGACAUAUUGCGUGGUUGAUUGGGACGCCCAACCGCCCCCGCCAAGUAGGAAUUUGUCUUAAGCAUCUUCCCAGCGCCCCCUCCUCCACCACACCCCCCUCUACCUCUCCCUCUACAUCCACUUCUCACCUCUUCCACAACGGAAAUGUACCCUGGCAACGAGUGAUUAAUGCAAAAGGGGAGAUAAGUCCACGAUCCCACCCCUCGGGCGCACAAACCCAAGCCGCCAUUUUACGUAGCGAAGGUAUCGAAGUAACGGUUGGUUCUCUAAACACCCACCACAUCUCCCUCCCCACCUACGGCUGGUUUCCGCGUCAACUACCGAGCGAAGAAGCGGCGGGUCUCGAUCCCCCUAUUAAUUCUGAUUCUGAUUCCGAGUCGGGAGUUUGA